AUGUGUGUGUACAAGCGUGUACUGUACGAAUUAUGCAACCACUCACGAUACUCUGCCAAGGUGGAACGAAAGUGUGACGAGCAAAAGGCGUUUGACAAGGGCGAGGGAGCGGAGGUGUGCAAAAAGGUAUCGAGCCACCCGCUGGCCACGCUCAAGGUCGCGGGACAAUGCCCGCGGUGCGACGGCUCGCAGAAAACCGUCACCCAAAAGCUGCAAAAGGCCAAGGACAUGAUAUCGCAGAGCAAGAAGACGCUAGCUAGUACCGAUGCGCGGUGCAGAGCCAUUCUGGAGGACGUUGGCAUUGACAUGAGUGUGAGUGGCAGCAGCAGCGACGACAAUGAUGAUGUGGAAAAGCUCAAGGGGGAAAUGAAUGAACUUGAUGGCAAGGAGGGAUCUGGCAAGGAUAAUGCCGCGGCCGAGGAGUUUUUGAAGAAACGAAAGGAGAGCGACAGUGCAAAACUGUACAUGUAG